CAUGGAGAUGUGUAGAAUACAAACAUGGAUGCGAUGAACAUUGAAAUCCAUAAGAAAGAAUAGAUGUGGUAGAGAAUGGGGAGAAAACUCUUUGUAUCGAGAUUAUCUUUUUACGCUACACAGGAACAGCUGAAGAAGUUGUUCGCUCCGUUCGGAGAAGUUGCCAGUGUUAAUCUCGUGGUCGAUCCUAAAACUAAAAGGACCAAAGGGUAUGGGUUUGUCUCCUACAACACUCAAAUUGAAGCGGAAAAGGCUCUGAAAGCCAUGAAUGGCAGGAUUGUUGAUGGAAGGCUGCUUUUGGUUGAACCUGCCGGCGAGAAAUGAGCUGGGAAGACCCUGCCUCGUACACAGUGAUCCAUUCGUCCAUGAACUAAUAUUUUGUGUUUUCAUCGUACCUAGAGUAAAACUUGAUAAAUAGCCAAGGGUCCUCGUUUUUUUUUUAUGUUCAGGGCUCCUCGGUUUCUUAUUCUUUGAUCUUCAAACAAUGAACAGCAUACAUUGUGAGAAACACCAGUUACAAGUUUUGAGACAUUGUGAUAUAAAAAAGAUUAGCACAA